AUUUCACUCUCUGCCGUGCGACAUAUCUUUACACUAUCCAUCCACACCCUAAUUCAUAAACACCCCCCCCUCUGCCCCAGCUCAUGGGUGACAAUCCUCGGGCCGACCUCCAGUCGCUGACAAUAUCACCGCCAACUCUGUCCACCCCUCCAACAAUUACAUCUGCAUCUCCAUCUACACCCCUGUUAAAAGUACUCCUUCUUGGAGACUCAGGUGUAGGCAAGACAUGUCUACGGUCCCAAUUCGUACAUCAUGUAUUCACAAACUCAUACCGUGCCACUAUUGGUGGUGACUAUCUCACCACUACGGUAAACAUACCUGAUGAAUCUCAAUCUCAAGCUCAAUCUCAAUCUCAAGCUCAAUCUCAAUCUCAGUCUGAAUCACAAUUACAAUUACAAUCACAAUCACAAUCACAAUCACAAUCAGAAUCUGACCUCAUUUUGCCCAAACAACCCAAACCAUCUAAAGUCAAUCUCCAAAUAUGGGAUACAGCCGGUCAAGAACGUUUCAAUUCCAUAUCGCAAGCCUUCUAUCGUGGUACCGAUGUGGUAGUACUAGUCUAUGAUAUCACCAACUAUGAAUCCGUUCUCAGUCUACGUGAUUGGUUCACAAGAUUCCUCGAACAUUGUCAUGUAGAUCGACCGGGAGUAGUCGUGGUAGGUAAUAAAAUCGAUAAAACUAAUGAUCGAUGUGUAGAUUUGGAAGAAAUCCGAGAAAUCGUUACCGCCAAUACGUCCAUUAGUCUAGAUAAUUAUGUGCUUGAUUGGGAUACUGAUUUAAGAGAAGUAUCAUCUAAACGAUUAGAUUCAGUUAAUGAGCUAUUUCUCCAAGUAGCAAAAGUAGGUCUUGAAGUUAUGUCCGGUACCACCAAUCCCCGAAAUAAAUUUCAUGGAUUUGAUAGUAUCCUACUUCAUGAUCCAAUUAAUAUAAAGCACACAUCCGGUUGUGCUUGCUAAUGAUAAUGCCAGUGAAUAGAGUUAAUGUAAU